UGUAGGCGCCGCUCUCGAAGCCCCCGUCAUCCGCUAGGAGGGGGACACGGGCACGGUGAGCUGGGCUCAGGGGCAGCCCAUGUGGGAGGGAAGAGCUGGGUCCUGCAGCCGUGGCCUGGCCAGUGAUGCCCAGGUGGGCAAGCUACCCAGAUGGGCAUCCCCAAGUGGGCAUGAUACCUGGGUGGGCAUUUUACUCAGCAGGCAUGAUACUCAAGUGGCAAUGUUACCAGCCCAGUGUGAAAACCAGUGACCAUGUUAGCAGGCAGUGCUAAGGCAUGGCGUCUGGGAAGGUGAUGGAGCGGGCCAUGCCCUGGGCCCCCCACCCUGCCCCCAGGGCCUGCAGCUGCCCCCCUGCCGCCCUGCGGAGGUGGCUGCCCCUCCUGGCCUGGCUGCCCCACUACUCCACGCAGUGGCUGAGGAUGGACCUUGUGGCCGGGCUCUCGGUCGCACUCACGGUCAUCCCCCAGGCGCUGGCCUAUGCCGAGGUGGCUGGACUUCCUCCCCAGUACGGCCUCUACUCUGCCUUCGUGGGGUGCUUCGUGUACUUCUUCCUGGGCACCUCUCGCGACGUGACCCUGGGCCCCACGGCCAUCAUGUCCCUUCUCGUCUCCUCCUACACCUUCCGGGAGCCUGCCUACGCCGUGCUGCUCGCCUUCCUGUCCGGCUGUGUGCAGCUGGCCAUGCGGUUCCUGUGCCUGGGGUUCCUGCUGGACUUCAUCUCCUGCCCCGUCAUCAAAGGUUUCACCUCCGCUGCUGCCAUCACCAUUGGCGCUGGGCAGAUCAAGAACCUGCUGGGACUGCAGCGCGUCCCCAGACAGUUCUUCCUGCAGCUGUAUCACACCUUCCGCAGCCUCGGGGAGACCAGGGUGGGCGAUGCCGUGCUGGGGCUGGUCUGCCUGCUGCUGCUGCUGCUGCUGCGGCUGAUGCGGGCCCACGUGCCCCCCGUGCACCCCAACACGCCCCCCGGAGUGCGGCUCAGCCUCGGGCUGGUCUGGACGGCCACGACCGCCCGCAAUGCCCUGGUGGUGUCCGGCGCCACCCUGAUGGCGUACUCCUGCGACGUGGCCGGCUACCGGCCUUUCGUCCUCACUGGGGAGAUCGUCCAGGGGCUCCCUGCGGUGCGGGUCCCCCCCUUCUCAUUGACCACGGCCAACGGGACGGUCUCCUUCACCCAGAUGGUCCAGGACAUGGGGGCCGGGCUGGCCGUGGUGCCGCUGAUAGGCCUGCUGGAGAGCAUCGCCGUGGCCAAGGCUUUCGCGUCUCAGAAUAACUACCGCAUCGACGCCAACCAGGAGCUGCUGUCCAUCGGCCUGACCAACGUUCUGGGCUCCUUCUUCUCCUCCUUCCCGGUCACCGGCAGCUUCGGACGGACGGCCGUGAACGCCCAGUCGGGGGUGUGCACCCCUGCGGGAGGCCUGGUGACAGGGGUUCUGGUGCUGCUGUCGCUGGGCUACCUGACCUCGCUCUUCUACUACAUCCCCAAGGCCGCGCUGGCGGCCGUCAUCAUCAUGGCCGUGGCCCCGCUGCUGGACGCCGGGGUCGCCCGGACGCUGUGGCGCGUGAGGAGGCUGGACCUGCUGCCCCUGAGCGUGACCUUCCUGCUCUGCUUCUGGGAGGUGCAGUACGGCAUCCUGGCGGGCACGCUGGUGUCCCUGCUGAUCCUGCUGCACUCCGCGGCCUGGCCCAGCAUGCAGGUGUCUGAGUGGCCGGUGCUGGUGGUGCAGCCAGCCAGCGGCCUGCACUUCCCCGCUGUCGAGGCCCUACGGGAGGCAGUGGUGAGCCGCGCCCUGGGAGUAUCCCCGCCGCGCUGCGCGGUCCUGGAGUGCAGCCAUGUCUGCAGCCUCGACUACACAGUGGUGCUGGGGCUCCGGGAGCUGCUGGAGGACUUCCGGCGGCAGGGCCUCACCCUCGCCCUCGUCGGCCUGCAGGAGCCUGUGCGCCACGUCCUGCUGUCCGCCGACCUGAGUGUCCAGCACUUCCCCAGCCUGGAGGAGGCAGAGAGAUACUUGAGUCAGGAGCCGGGCACCCAGCCCCACAGCUUCAGCGACGACUCUGUCCCGGAGCCCUCGCUGCCCUGCUGAAGGCCGAGUGGCCGCGGGCAGGGCGGCUGCAGUUCGGAGAGCCUCGCAGAAGGUUCUCGUGGUGCGAGGUCGGAGCUGCGCUGGCCCGAGGGUCUGAGGAAGCCGGAGCGGGACCUGGAGGAAGGCGGACACGGCCUCACUGGCGUCCCCCGAGACGAUGGAAGCUUGACCUCCUACCGACCUGGGGCAGAGCCUUUGUUUGGAGAGAGACUUCUAGAAAGACGGAUGUCAGUCUGGGCCAGGAAGAGUCCCCACAGCCCAGCACCUUCCUGGCUUGGGGGUCGGGUGGGGCGCAUCUCCUGGGCGGUGCUAAUCCUGCGCGCCCCCAUCGCCCCCCUCCCCCGCCCCCGGUGCUGUCCUGGGGGAGCAGGUGUGCGGUGCCUGGUGCCUGCUGAAGGCGGGGAGACUGGACUGCGUUGUUAAUCCUCCUGGGAAGGUAUUUUCCCGUUGACUUUUGGAGCAUGUUGAAGGGAAGGGGCGAGACGGAGAGAGAAACAGCCAUGUGAGAGAGACAGGUCGGCUGGCUGCCUUCCUCACGCAACCCGACCAGGGCCAGGCUGAACCUGCAACGGAGCGACGUGCCUUUAAUUGGAGUCUAACUGGACCCUUCAGUCCUCGGGCUGACACUGCCCACUGAGCCAAACCAGCCAGGGCACUUUUGCUGGUUGUUUUUUUUUUUAAUUAAAGAAAAGUAAUAACCUUAAUGGUUUUGUAAC